GGAAGUUCUCAAUUUGUAAUGGCGACUCAGUUGUAAUUCCAACACGGUAGCUCAUUGUAAAAUGGCAUCAAGACGACUUAAGAGACCCUCCUCAGCCAGGCGACAUAUAAAAUAUGAGUCAUUCUCACAAUAUGUCAGUGCAAGCCGAUUGAGGCAAGUUCAGAGCUUAUUAAAAGGACCUACUGACUCAUCAACAGCUCCUGAUGCUAUAUUGUGUAUAGCAGGGAUUGACAGUCGCUACAAUGAUGGAACAAGAGAGUUGAUAAACUACUUGCUCUUUGGAUUUUUUGAAGUAAGAAAAGAAGAACUUGAAAGCUCUGGCUUUGAAGAGGAGGUUAUUGAUGAUAUUGUGUUCCUGGUGAGGAAGACUAGUGUGGAUGUUUACUGUAAUCCCAUCAACUACCACUACUUGCUGCCGUACAUCAGCCACUGGUACAACGUCCGCUUCCAUUGCAUGACUGACACUGAGUAUGAAGAUGAAGAAGAAGCAGAGGAGUUCAAAAUCCAUUCCUUCAUAAACAUUGUCCGAGACUCUACCAGAGUGGGGAUUCCCUACAGCAGCUCAGGGCAUGUUCACCAGUUUGACAAGUUUGCUGUAGAGAAAUGGCCCAUUGUUCAGGCAUAUGCCUUGGAAGGACUUGGAGGGGGAGGAUUCUUCACCAUGAUACAUGAGGUGUGUGAUGUGAGUGGUGGUGUACAUGAGCUGUACAGUAGGAUGGACCCCGUGGCCCUGGAGGUGCAGCUCACGGAGCAUUUGCCUCUGCUGGAGAGACAGUGGAAGAACAUGACAGCCACCAUGGACAUUGAGAUAGCCCAGCAUACCGGAGACCUGUCAGAGGAACGUCUGUUUGAGCCCCUCAGAAGCUACUUUCAACAUGGCCGAGGAGCAGCCAGUGGAGAUGGCAGGAGCAGAAAGUUACCCUUUGUAUUGUUUGGGAGCCAUGCAAGUAAGACUGAACUGCUCCAAGCACAAGACAUGGAUGGCUACAAUUCUAAGAAGAGUUCCAUGAAAGGGGAAACAACUCACACUAUCCUGUGUCAGGCAGUGGAUCCAAAAGGCCCGUUAACCUGUGCUCGGACCUACUUCUAUACACCAGUGUACGACCCAUUCUCAGAUGAGGACAAAUCAACAGAUCUGAAAAACAGCGAUGUUGGGUACCUGAUGCUGGUGUACAAGGCUAUGGCUGAGGCAGUCAUGAAGGGAAUCAAGACGUAUGCCCACACUCUCAGUGUCACUCAGGCGAGGCUGAAGGCUGUCCAGACUCUCCAUGACGACUGUGGUGACCUGAAGACUUCUUCUCUCCUCAACUAUCUGUCUGAUCGAUCAAGUGUCAAGUUUACUAUAGAAGCUGUUGACAACUGUGGCAGGCCCAGCUCCCUGCGAGAUGGCAGCCAGAGUCUUCUGGUGAAGGUUGCCACCAUGACCCUGUAUGACGUCCCCAGUUGCCAUGGCAAGGGCCACCUCAGCUCCUUGGUGUUUGCGGAGUCCUUCCUAGACUCUGUCAUUCCAGUCUCCGACCCAGGCCAGCCAGAGACAAUCAGCAGUGAUGUUCUAGUUCUCACCAGUCACCUGCCAAGGUUCCAGAUGUGGGCAAGCAGCAAGGCAGACUCGUUGGCAAAUAAAGAUAUCCAGGAGAGACUGAGGUGUAAGAGCCUGCCUGGCUUCGGUGAUGUGUUGAUGCAUGGGGAAGCAGUCCACCUGACAACUGGGGAUGUGCUCACCUCACCUCCAUGUCAAGACUGUCUGUACUUGUAUGAGAAUGGCUUGAUCGUCCAGGCCUCGCAGUAUGGGGCGUUCUCUCUCAUGGCCAGACAUGUAAAAGGAUUCUCCUUGUAUGAUGGGGACUCCAUAUCCAAUGUUGCGUUCCUCAUCGCUGACCUGGACGUGACCGCCAGGGCUCGACUGCCUCCUCAUCUUCUCAGCUCCAACAACAGGCUGGUUAUUGCAAUUCCUCCCCGGAGUAAAGCCAGGAAGGCUCUCUUCCAGCAGGUCCUGCCUGUGUGGAAGGGGGACAGUGACAUGCCGGAGGUGAAGAGACAGGAAACACUGCCCGAGGACCUCUCUGCACUCCACAACCUGCUGCAGAUCCAGCACACAUCAGCUGAGAACAUCAUUGCCCCCAUCAAUACCAUCACCUUCAAGCGAGUUCCCAGUGUCCUCCCACACAUCAACAGGUUCUUGCCCCACUUCGUGGCAAGCAGUGUGGGCUGGCAUCCCGUCCAGCAACAUGAUCUCAACAGUCUCCUCAAACAAGAGACCCCACCGCCAUCGGCAGAGACAGAAUGGAUCCCGGUUACUAUCCUGACUGGAGUGCCAGGCUGUCACAAGGAGAACCUAGCUAGAACCAUCACCAGUUUCGACAAGGACAACACACGAUGGACGACAAUCUGCCAGCCCCAUGACAACAGUUCAGUAUUUGACCCUGUGAGUCUCCAGAACUCCCUCACCUCAGCCUACUCUGCCAACCGCCGCCGCCAUACGUCCGGCAACUACAAGAGAACCAGGGUUGUCGUCCUCACACCAGGUUACACUGACAUCAUCGAUGUAGUCCACGCCAUAGUCUCUCACCCAAACACAGAGGUCGCUGCACAGAUCAGGAUAGGUGCAGUGACAGCCUGCGUGGACCCUCUCAACACAUUCAUGGAACACAGGUUGACGUUCCCCACUCUGUUGAACCACUGCAGCCAGGGCUGGGUCAACUGCAUCGUCUUCACAUCCUCCAUAUCCACCAAGAACGAGACGCUAGAGGAGGUUCAGAAUCUCGUCCGGAGUAUCAACAGCGAUGUGGCUCUGCUACUGGCAGAGAGGGGCGUUGUCAGGAGAAGCCCUGACCUGGAGCUCAUCAUGUCCGAGUCCAGCUUCCACCUGCCCCAGAUGGUGGCAGCCAGACAGUGUCUCCACCCUGGCUGGCGCCAGGGCAUCUACCUCCGAGCCGCCACCGCGCCGCCCAUGAACCAAGAGGUCCUCCACUUCUCCAAACCCCUGGACAGGAACAAGCUUCACAAGAGUCUCAGAGAUCUUCAUGGGAGGCUGAACAAACACAGGCUGGAAGACAAUAUCUACCAUGUGGAGGGCAGACUGAGAUUCACAGAUUCCCGCCAGAUAGUGGAGCUUCAGUUUGUGACACUUAGUGGCUUCCUGACCUCGUCGCCAUCAGAUGACCAGGCCAUUCCUCCAUCUCGGCAAAUGAAUGGCCAGCCUCUCCAUGACUGUUUCCUCACCUUCAGUGGGUGUGGCCUGCAGGAGGACAAGCUCAAGGACUGGCUACGUCUCUGUGCUCAACAGAAACCCGAGAAGAAGAAGCCGGUUUCUCGAGGAGGUCUCACCAAAGAAGAAAUCUCCAGGAUACAUAAGACGCACCACCUUGAGGCCCUGCCCCCCGGCUGGUUCUACAACGGCACACAGUUCCUCAGCAUGGGUGGGGACAAGUCCAGCACACACCCUAAUCUGGAAGAAUUCAUCACCAAUUGGGUGAAGUCCAAGAACAAUGAAAUCUCUACCUACAACGCUCAGAUUGAGGCUGAAGCUUUCACAGAUCUGUUUGACUGAUGAUAGACACGUCAGUGUGGAUGAACACUCUUCACCCUUCAUUCUUCAACUGAUGUAAACAGAUGGCAAUGCUUCAUCACAACGUGCUCUGAUAAAUGUCCCUCCAUUAUCUCAGCGUGCACUUCUGAACUGACCCAUUACCUUUAUGCUGACCAAUCAAACAAUGCAGUACUGCCUCGGACAAGUAUCUGACAGUUACAUAGUGUGCUGUACCAUACUGAGAACUCGACUCCGGUAGGAACAGAUUUCUUAGAGGAAAUAAGACUUUACAUGUUUGUCACUGACUGUUUCUCUAGACUUAAGAUCACCAGUGUCUCUCUGUUCUGUGUUUCGGUAGACUUGAGAUCACCAGUGUCUCUCUGUUCUGUGUUUCUGUAGACUUAAGAUCACCAGAGUCUCUCUGUUCUGUGUUUCGGUAGACUUGAGAUCACCAAUGUCUCUCUGUUCUGUGUUUCGGUAGACUUGAGAUCACUUUGAUGACAACAGCCUCAUAUCUAUCUAAUUCUUUAAAUUCUUUGUUUCUUAGACUUUUAUUAAAAAAAGAAAUGUUUGGUUUAUGGAACCUUUGACCCUGAGAAUAUGGAGAAAAAGCCCAUUUUCAUUUUUUAGAAAAGGCAUAUUUAUCACUACCUACCUGGAAAAUGUUUAAGAAUUUAAAAAAAAUAAUUUCAGAAUCUGGCACCACAGUAACGGUAUGACUUUGCCAGCAAUACGUCUCUAAUGAUCUACAGGACAACUCAGUGUUGACAGGGAGAAGUAGAAACUCCAGCCACAUCCAUUUUUCUCCAAACUUUGUAAGCCAACUGUGAAAAAAAGGCCUUAUGAGUCAUGUAGUAAGGAGUAUAUUGCAAAGAAUUGCCAAAAACCUGUCACGCUAGGAAUGAAGUUAUUGGAAAUAUUGUUUCAAAGACGUAGAUGUGCAGACUGACUGUAGAUGUUGUGCCAAAUGUUCACCAAUUGCUCACUCUCUUCACCAUUGCUUGUGCUGUUGUUUACAACAUGUAAAUCCUGUGUGGGGGAUUUUGUUUGAUGGUGCUCACAGAUAUUGAUAUCUUAGCUGACUGCUCACAUGAUACAUGUAUAUAAUAGGCAGGGAAGCUGCUGUCACUCGUCCACGAGCCAGAAGGUGACCAGUGUUAAAGGUGAUAUCUGGCUGACUGACAUGUUAGUUACUUUAUAGUUUGCUUGUAUUGUUAGUAUUCAGUGAGACUGUAUUAGACUUCCUGAACUUGAUAUAGGGUUUAAGAGGCUGUGACUUUAUCCUCCCAGCUAAAUUGGAUCUGUGGACUACUGUCUGUAGUCUGCUGUCAGGAAAUACAAAUAACCUGAUUUAUCAUGCCUCCAUGUCAGAAUGAUGAGAUCUGAUUGGUCCACACGAUCUUGAUAAAAUACUGUGUAUCCCGCCUUGGAGGGGAAUAAGUUUUUCAGCGGGGGAUUAAAUCUCAUGCCCUACCAUAAGCAAGUCAGGCUGCAUGGGGAUUUCUGAGAGGCGGAAUAAUUCUUUUACAAUGUCAUAUUAAAACAUGUCAGUAAGAUAAAUUCAAUGUAGCAGGAUCACAGGGGCUAUAUGGGGCUUUAAAACCCCAUGUACCCCUUGUGAUACCUGCUACAUCUUAUAACAUGUUCCACUGUCACCAGGACAUUUGGAAGUUUACACGGUAAAAUGACUUAUGUAGGAAUCUAAGUUGAGGGCUGUUGCUAGCAGAAAUGCAAAGACUGUUUUUGUCCAAAAUUGGGAUUUAUUUUAGAGUUAUUUUUUCCCUAAUUUCGGGUGUAUUUUAACAUUGCAUUCAAUGCAAUAAUGUUAAAGCUCUCUUAGUAUUGGUGCUGUCAUCAGUGAAAUACAAGUCAACCCUACAAAGCCAAAAUGAUUAAUUCCAAUUUGGGAAUGUUUGCUGACGCUUGUUGCAGACUUGGGGGGUGAAUAUUGUCCUUGUAGCAGGUCUUGAUAACUGAAAUGGCCCACCUCAAUUUUCCCAUUUUUAUUCCCCUAUUCAUUUAAGAAAAAUGUCCUGGGCCCAUUUACCACCAUGGUUUCACGAAGAGACGGAUUCUGAGAAAACAAUGCACUAAAUAGCCAUUCAUUCAAAUUACACUCACAAGUGAGAGAAAUGUGCUGAGUUGGUGAUGAAAAAAGACUGACAUCACAUCCGAAAUGAGGUUGUGAAUGGAUCCAGGGUGUUAUCCUGGAAUAAAGAUACACCAGAUAAUGAUGUGAAUAUGUGUUUCUAUCCCUAUGUAGCUGUUGCUGACUGUAUUACCAUUAUUGUGAUGUAGGAACACCGUUCAUCAGAAAACAGUGAAUCCAUCCAAAUUUUCUUGAUGAUUUUACAUAACACAUUCCGUCCAGUAUUAAAAUGAGUUACUGACAGAGUAUUCCACCGUUGUGAGUUUUGUUAAUUUAUAUUUUCCAAACUAUAUAUUCGUUUGAAAUAUAUUGUACUAACGUUAAAUUGUUACAUAUGUUACCUUGAUGAAUUCUAUUUGUGUUGAACAAAGACUGCAUGUUUGAAAUAAAAGAUUGUGUGA